UCUUGAUAUAUAUACAGUAUAUAUAUAUACUGUAUAUAUGUAUAUAUAUUCAGUGUUUUGAUUUUGAAAUAUUUAACUGCAUGUGGACUUAGAUUGAAUGACCGAUAGAUCACAGGUACUGCAGCAUGUUUUGUGAGUCACCAGACAAAGCAAACUUUUCCCUGAACUGCACAUUCACUGAUACCUACGGAGGUGCAAGGACCGUUUCCCGCAAGAGCAGGUUGCUAUGGCUUCUGGCGCUGCCCUUGCCUAGCCUGUACUGUUUCAGGAAGAUUUGGAGAGAACUACUGUUUGCCUUUAUGUGACAUUCUGACUCCUUCUGUAUGUGUAGCCUGUGGGGUUCCUAUGGGUGCCCCCCGCUGCGGCAUUGUCUAUGAGGGCUUCCAUUCGUAACAAAUGUGGAAUAGCGGGUUCCCUCUUCAGAGACAUAUUCGCUUCCUGUUUCUGUGUCUGGUGCUCCUGGUGUCAGAUGCACUGCAAGCUAAAGGAGCACAUUCCUGUUGUUGUUGUGAUGCAGCAGCCCAUGACACCGCAUGGUCCAACUGUGGUCAACGUGCAUGCUAAUCCUGUCAUGAUGGUCAAUCCAAAUUCUGCUCCACCACCUCGUGGUUUUCAAAAUCCUGCUCAAGGCCCUGUUGGGUUUCCAAACGCUCCUCAAAGCCCUGCUUGGUUUCAAAGCCCGCCUCGAUAUACUGAAGGGUUUCAAAAGCCUCUUCCUGCUGGUUUUAAUUCCUAGCAAAAUUUAAGUUCCUCAGAUCAGCCAUAAUGAUAUUGGUGUAUAUUGAGAUUAUUUACUUUAUCCAAAAAUGUCAGUUCACUCUCAAUACCUCAAUGAAAAUCAAGAGUUUUGACUUUUACUUUGAGUUCAUAUCAAUAUUAACAUUAUUAUAAACAUUGUACGACUAUCUCAUCAAUUUGAAAUUAAAAAAAAGCAUAACUCAAUAACAAAAAUAAUGUAUGUGACUGGACCUUAUUGUUUGUUUCUAAUUGACUCUGUAAUGCAGCCUUAUACACCCCACAAAAAAUGACCAGAUCAAUUGACUUUUUUCUUAAUCUAGGCUAAACACAUCGUCUUUAAUUACAAUAAACAAAAUCAAUAACAAAUACAUUUAUUUGUUUCUAGCCACCCAUCCAUUAUCUUCCUCCACUUGGGCCAGCUUUUCCGGGGGAAACCUGGAAGAGUGAGCAUGGUAUAGCAGCCAGCUCAGAAACAUAGUCCAUGCAGUAUGAUUGGGUUUCGUUUGGGUCUCCAACCAGUGGGACAUGCCCGGACUGGAACACCUCACAUUGAAGUGUUCAGCCCUACCACAUGACUGAGCAUCAGACACCCUGCAGAGUAAGCCAAUUUCAGCCUCUUGUGUGCACCUUGUUCUCUUGGUCACUGCCCAAAACUCAUGACUAGAUGGAAAGUAGGAAAGUAGAUUGACCUGUAAAUCAAAAGUUCUCCUUUUGGUUCAGCUCCCUCUCAACAGAUCACAAAGACACACAUAGCUGAAUCUAUCCUCUCUUUCACCAUGUUGAACCCUAUUGUACAGUCACCAAGAUCAACAAGUAUGCCCACUCCUGUACGGUGCCUUUGAGCAGGGUGAAAGAGUGCUCUAUUUCGCAGCAACAGAAUUAGUUUAAUCACUUUAAUCUUUAAUGGCAUGGACUGAAUUUAUGUAGUGUUUUACUAGUAAAAUUUGCCCAAUCUCACACCCAUAUUUUAUACACCAAUGCACAGAUCAGUAGGCACAUGUAAAUGUGACAAUGGAAAUCUAAUCAAACCCACCACUUUCAGAUUGCAAGACAACUACUCCACCCACUGAGCCACAGUAAACUGCUUUCAGUCAUAUGUCAACUAGAACGAUAGCAAAGGAGUCUGUUUAAUUUGUGUUCUGAGGUUUUAAAGCGAAAGUUAAGAUUACAAAUCCUGCAAGUCAAAAGGCAAAUGAACUGCAGCAACUGGAUUGAGUAUGCAAAUGUUGCCCGAUCCCUCAAGCAUAUGGAGGACAGAUUAGCAUAUGUCCUCCAUGUGCUUGAGGGACUGUGCAACAUUAGAGUUUGGUAUGGUCAGGGAAUACCACACCUACACAACCAGUAUUCUGUCAACUCGCCACCAAGUGAUAGCAAGACUUUGGAUAACGAAGAUUUGGACCACAGUCUGUCGGUUUUUCAGUGAGGAUUUAAAAUCUAGGUUCUAUCAUCUGAUGGCAGACCAACCCCUGACUGACUGGGAUAGUGGUCUCUGUGACUGCGGCGAGGAUGCACAAGCUUGUUGCUAUGGUUUCUGGUGCGGGCCAUGCCUUGCCUGCACUGUUUCAGGCAGAUUUGGAGAGAACCGUUGUCUCCCCUUAUGUGAUAUGUGUGUUGAUAAAAUGAUCUCUCCAGCAGCCCUGUCUCUGAGAGUCGCCAUGAGACACAAAUAUGGUAUCAAGGGUUCCCUUUGCGAGGACAUUGCUGUGUCCUGCUGCUGCCCAACGUGUGUCUGGUGUCAGAUGUAUCGCGAAUUAAAAUAUCGCAAAAAGUCCCCCGUUGUCAUCAACAUGCAGGUGCAACCUUAUGUCAACAUGCAGCCUCAUCCAAUGAUGGCAGUUCCUGCUCAGCCUGUUUUCGACAGAUAAGCAGAAAUUAUCCAGGCUUCCUUUCGAUUUUCAUCAUCAUCACAAUAUUUAACAUUAUCACCAACUUUGCGAGAUAUUUUAAGUUUAUGUAUCCUAGUUUGGACUAAAUAAAUAAGUUCAGCAAGAUCUAGAGAAAUUCAUCCAGGCGUUUAUCUUUGGUCGCAUUGAUUACUGCAACAGUGUCUUGACAGAUCUGCCUAAAAAAAUCAUUCUGACAGCUGCAGCUGAUCGAGAACACUGCUCCUCGUGUUCCCAUUAAAACCAUUAAGAUAGAGCAAAUCACCCAGUCCCUAAAGUCCUUAAACUGGCUCCCUGUAGCUCAGAGAAUAGACUUUAAAAUACUACCAGACCUCUCAGGUCUUCUGUUCAUGGUCUGCUCUGCAUCCCCAGAACUUGAACCAAACAGAAAGAAGCAGCAUUCGGCUUCUAUGCACCACAAAUCUGGAAUAAACUUCCAGAAAAGUACAAAACAGCUGAAACAAUGAGUUCCUGUAAAUCUAGACUAAAAACCCAUUUGUUUAGAAUUGCUUUUGAAACAUCAUAAUAUCAAACAUUUAUCAACAUUCCUAUGUGUAAUGAUGACACUUGACAAAAUGUAGCUCUUCAAUUGUUGACUGUAUGUUCUUUGACUUUUAAUUUUUGUGUUUUUAUGAUGUAAAGUACUUUCAACUACUUUGUUUCUAAAACAUUCCAUGCAAAUAAACUUGAUUGACUUGA